AUGUCCCCCACCGCACAGCCUCCGUCCUUGUCGUCGGUGAAUUGCCCGACCGUUCUCAGCCCUGCGAAGACCUCACCAGUCGACCACAUUCUCACAAUUUUGGUUUCGAUUUCUUUCGAUUUUGUGUUCAUCGACUUUGAUGUCAAUUUUGCGGUCCUUCUCCCAGCAAUUGCAGAGGCGCUACAGCCCGAGCUCGGUGGCGUCAGUAAUUUUCUUUUUGGGGCAGCCGGAUUUUGGCCUCCUGGUGCUCCUGAUCUGUUCCUCGUGUGGCAGGAUAGAAAUCUUCUUUUGAACGGUAGUCGUCUAAGUGAUAUUGAUGUGAUGAUUGAUAAAGGAUUCAGAUGGGUGGAGGACUAUGACAAGGCCCAAGCUUGCACAAUUUUCGACGCUGUUGGAGGCUUCGUAAACGACCACUGGGCUUGGAAGGGAAGGAAAGGAAAUGAGAAUGGUUGUUAUCUUCACUGUGAUGCAGCUGUACGAGACUCUGAAAUUAAUUUGAGAGGUUGGAUAAGAAAUUCAAAAUGUCUUGUAGUCGCGAUUUUUGCAUCCCAUAUGUCAAGUUCGUUCUCUCCAACUUUGGCUGAGGCUUUUUCUAUUCAAUUUGGGUUACGGUUUGCUGCUACGUUGGGAGUGAAGAUUCAACAAGUUACCAGAGAUUGGCAUGAAGCCGAGCAAGGACUGAUAGCGAAAGAUUCACAUCACCCUCUUGAAGGCAUUCUCUCGAAUAUACUGACACUCUUUGAUUCAAUAGACUGCGGACUCUGUGAGCAUACGAAACGACUUCAUAAUGAGAUUGCUCAUGCCAUUGUUAAGUGGGCGGUGGAACCAAAAACCACGAUAAUGUGGUCGGAUUGUAUUCCAAUCUCUUGA